GUGACUGUGGAAUAAACUCACACAGUGUGAAGACAUACAGACUAAAUAAAGCCAUGAGUGCCGGAAAUGCUGUGCAACUGAUCAUUCUGGUUUGGACAUUUACCGCCGUUUGUCAAGAUGAUGAUGGUCUCUGCAGUAUAAGCUGUAAGAAUGUGACUGGAACUGUGUGUGAAGAAGUAACUUUCAUCUGCAGCGUCUCUCUGAAGCACUCUGAAUGCUGCAUUGCAAGGUAUAAGUUUAAAUACCCUGAGAAAUAUAAAGACUCAACAGUCUGUAAACAAGAUCUUCCUGAGGGCUCCUGUGAACAGAGAAACAACUUCACAUGCAGAUACACUCCAACUACAGCAAUGACAGAAAAAUUCAGAUUCUUUGUGCAAACAACAUGUGGAAUAAAAAGAACAGAAUUCACUGUGAACAUAACAGGGCUCACUGAACGUGAAAUUGAAACUGAAGCUCCUGAUCUCCUCAGUAUAAGCUGUGCUGAUGUGACUGGAACUGUGGGUGAAGAAGUAACUUUCACCUGCAGUGUCUCUCAGCAGUGCUCUGAAUGCUGCAUUAUAAAGUAUACGUUUCUAUACACUGAGAAAUAUAAAAACUCAACAAUCUGUAGACAAGAUCUUCCUCUGGGCUCCUGUGAACAGAGAAACAGCUUCACAUGCAGAUACACUCCAACUACAGCAAUGACGGGACACUUCAGAUUCUUGUUGCAAACAACGCAUGGAAUGAAAAGAACAGAAUUCACUGUGAGCAUAACAGAGCCCAUUAGACCUGAAAUUGACACUGAAGAUCCUGGUCUCUGCAGUAUGAGCUGUGCUGAUGUGACUGGAACUGUGGGUGAAGAAGUAACUUUCACCUGCAGUGUCUCUCAGCAGUGCUCUGAAUGCUGCAUUAUAAAGUAUAAGUUUCAAUACCCUGAGAAAUAUGACUCAACAAUCUGUAGACAAGAUCUUCCUCAGGACUCCUGUGAACAGAGAAACAGCUUCACAUGCAGAUACACUCCAACUACAACAGUGCCACGACCAUUCAGAUUCAUGGCACAAACAAAGUGUGUUACAUUAAACACAGAAGACACUGUGGACAAAACAGAUGUCUGCAGUGUAAGCUAUGAGGAUGUGACUGAAACUGUGGGGAAAGAAGCAACUCUCACCUGCAGCGUCCCUCAGAAGCUCUCUGAAUGCUGCAUGACAAUGUAUAAGUUUUAUUACACUGAGAUCUAUAAAGACCAUAAAGUAAUCUGUAAACAAGAGUUUCCUCUGGACUCCUGUGAUCAGAGAAACAACUACACAUGCAGAUACACUCCAACUACAGCAAUGACGGGAAAAUUCAGCUUCUUUGUGCAAACAGUCAAGUGUGGAACGAUAAAAACAGAGUUCACUGUGGACAUAACAGAGCACAGUAAACUUAAGACUGAAACUGAAGAUCCUGGUCAUGGAUCUCCGCUCAAUGGUGCUGCUGUUGGCUGUUUCAUCACCAUCAUCAUCAUCUUCAUCAUCGGGAUGUCAGUCUAUUGUGUAAAGAGGUUCAAACGCUCCAACCCUUCUGGAUUACAGAUAGAAUAAGAAAGAGGUGCUUCUGAAGAACCAACAAUGACAACAGUAAAUGAUCAGAAUGAAACAAAAUGAAAGCUGUGAGUUUUGUUUCAUUUUUCAUGUAAAGAUAAUGUUCCGAUUAAGUAAGGUGCUGUUUAUACGACACUGUUUUCAGCUAAAAACACACAACUUGUCUGUUUAUUUACACGACAACAGCAUUUUGGUGGCCUGAAAAUGCAAAGUUCUGAAUACACAUUUUCAAAGUUCAAAUUUUUCUGUGUAAACUGCAAAAACAUGAAUCUGUGAAAAUAGUGACGUCAUGCACAUGUGUAUUACAUGUUUAGUCUAACCACCUUAUGGGCCUUUAUCACACUUCCGUGUUCGAAAAGCGGAAGCUUGUAUCAACGGCUGUGCCCACAGCACGGGAUUGUUGUGAAUUAUGUACAAUUCAGCACAGAUACUUCUUAUACAACCUUAGUUUAUUGUGAAUCAGAGAAAAAGGGUGUCGUAAUAUUCUGACGGUUAUUUCAUGAUUUAAAGGGGAGCAAGCAAGCCAUACUGUAUGUGUAUGUGCAGAGUCUGAACAACUUAUUUUAUUGCAGAACUGCAAGAAUACAAAAUGCAAACAACAUAUCACGUUAAAAAGUAUUAGAAUUAGACAAAUCAUGAAAUAUAAAGUCUAUUUUUGAGGGGUAAUAAAUUAAAGGUUUGGGGGAAUUUGUUAAAACUAUAAUGUUCGCAUUUUUUUCACGCACUCACUUAAUGCAAUCAUCAAUAAUUAGAUCAAAUUGAAGUCGUUUAAAUAAAGGAAUAUUUCCAGCCCAUAGACGAUUGUAUAAAUAAAUGGUUUGAUCAUCAUAAAUGAGUCGUAUCCUCCGUGUUUGAGUACAGUGAUUGGAUAGUGUUAUACUGUAGACAAUGAUGGGUGGUAAUAUAAUGCAAAAAUGAACAAAAUAACAUUAAAAAUCAAAUUAAAUCAGUCCAGUGUUUCCUGCCCUGCUUGUUAAUCUCCUCAUGACUGGCAGUGCUGACAAUCUCAGAUAAUGUUACACAAUAAAAUAAAAAGAUGACAUACACAGUAGGGUAUCGUGUAAAUAAAUAGUUUUAAAUAUUGACAAUAAUGCAGGCGGAAAUUCCUUUACACUACUAAUCGGAGCAGGGUGUGACGACACUGGAUAAAGGCCAUUAUUUUUCAUCAUGUUUUCUGUCAAGGUGCAAGUCUUCCGAUUUAUUAGCUGCUAUAGGAAAUAACGAGAAGAAUAUCAAAGUGCAGUAAACUGUAAAAAAUAAGGUGGAUAUCAUGCACGUUUGGCACGAGUGCUCUGUAAAAGAAUGUGUAUGCGCAGGCGCAAAGUCUUUAUUUACAAAGUGACAUCGCCAACAUGUGGACAUUAAAUACCUUUUUGUGAGGUCGGUAAUAAAUAAAGGCAGACUUAGAGUACUGGCCAACUGAUGAUACGGUUGCAGAUGUAUUAACAAAACCAGCUCAAGUUAAUGAAAUUUAGCUUGUUUACAUUCGGUGUGUGAACUUUGUAUACUUAUGUUGAAAUAAUAAAUAUGUAUAAGUAUUAUGCUCUCAUUUUUUAUUUGUAUUUGUAAUUUUAUGUGGUUUUCCAGCUUUGUUUUUUCUCUGUGGAACAGGCAAUCCAAUCAAAUUGCGAAGUGUAUGUCAUGUGACCUAAUCUGUGACUUAUGUUUAAUAAAAAUGUGCCAGUCAGAGUGACUGGAUGAUGGGAAAGAGUACAA